GUACACUACAAUGCAAUCCAGUUGAAGCUGGCCAAUCGCCGCAUUGGGUACGGAUAUGACACCAUCCAGGUAUAACCUAUCUUUCAUGAUUCAGCUGCUGUUACCACUUCUUAAUGUGCAGGGGAUGGAGAGCGCAACCACAACAAUCCCUUCAGCUGCAUCGAAGAUAUCUUUGAAGAGCACGUUGCCCCUACUCCUGAGCCACGCAGUGGCCAAUGAACAACCAGUGGCGGUGCUGGAGAUCUUUGGAAAUAAUGAGAAGAGUUCACAUCGUGGCUAUCCUGUCGCAGUGUUAAAAAUUUUCAACAACGAUGUCGUAGGCAAUUAUUUAAACAGUCUGCGACCCAAAGCUGUUGUGGGUCCUAGAAGCGGAGCAGUACCGCUUACCCUAGACAUGCAAGGAAUGCGCCUGCAGCUGCGUCCAUCUGGUAGCGGUGCGGGUGGAGGAAGCCUCCUGCACUGACCUUAAGGGUUAAUGGAUCAGCACCAACAAAAACAACGAUUUAUAUGUACAAGAAUGUUUAUCUGAAAAGCUUCAUGAUGCAUUUUAUGUUAAGUUGUAGCCCUAAUUUUAGAAACAGAAUGUUCUAUUAUGAUUCUUGAGCUACCAAUAUUUUUGGGUAUCUGUAUUGCAUGCUAUAGCCAAGAUUUGCUUUCCAAGAAAUAAAACAACAACGUCAUAAUGUGUAUUGUAAAUA